AGAAGUGCUGGAUUAAACUGUUCUGCACGCGUAUAUUUUCUAUGUUCAUCUAUGUCCCUCCAAAAAUAAAAUAUCCCUCUCUAUGCGAUAUUUUAUUUUUGGAGGGGCAUAGUCCAAAAUUUAUUGUUCCGCCACUGUAUAAAUGUAUUUCUCUUGCUUUCCUCUGUUUGCAUCUUUACAUUUUUGGGUUUUUGUCUCGGUGAUUUAAUUGCCUGUUUGCUGCUAUUAUUAAAAGUUUUGCGGAGCAUGUGCAUGUGAACCACUUAUUGAUGCAAAUUAACUAUUUGCUUUCCCCAACUCGACAAAACCGUCGCCCACUCCCACCGCCUUUGCCAUGCCUAUCCAAGAAACGUCUCAACUCUUCUCCUCAACUCUUCUUCUGUGUCUCUCCUAUUCUUCUUCGUCUCCUGCAAUGCAACCUGUCUCCGUCCCACCUCCCCUCCCCUCUGCUUCACAUGUAUGAAUACUUCUCUUUCUGAGUCGGCCUCUAGCUCUGAUUUACAGCAGUAACCUGCGCGAUCAAGGUGGUGUAUCCCUACUCAGUGAUGGGUGUUCUCGUAUGACGUCGUUUGAAACAGGUUAGCUCUCUCUCUCCCUCUCUCUCUCUGUUUGAGGCUCUGCGUCGACCAUCGCUGACGCACCUCUUGCCGUAUGUUAUCUCUUCAUUCGUUUCUUCCCUUCAACGGUAGCCCUCAAAUUGGUUGAUGAAAUGUCAGUGUGUAUGUACACUAUUGUUUUUUUUUAAAUGCUUCAACUUAUGUUAUUAGUCCACAAUGGGGAAUCGAGAGGGCGGCGACGAUCGCAUCAAGAGGAUCUCCACGUCGAUCCGUGUGAUCCCAAAUUUCCCCAAGCCCGGCAGCCGCCAUCUACCACUGGUUGUCGGCAGACAGCGAGUCACCUGCAACAGUCAUUCCUUGAGAUGCGCAUCGAAGCCUCAAAGGCCAGCAAGCGAGAGAGGCAAGGCCCACACACUCGAAGCAAUAGUCUGCACUUCUUCCUGUCAAUGGGGUCACCACCUGCAAUAUCCACCAACCAGCUUGGGUUCCAUCAUAUUUGUAGCAUUAAUUCAGAGUUUUUUCAGUGAUGCAUUUUUAGCUUUUAGGCUCCACUGUUUGGAAGCUUUGAGAUGGUCGAAUUUUAUUUUUCAAAAAAAAUUCCCCGAAAAAUGAUCCUGCAACUACGUGCUAAGUUGGAGGUUGAAAAUCAUGUUAAUAAGGUCUUAUGGAUAUAUGGUAAAACU